AUGGACGCAACAGACCCUCCACCUGACGCUGGGGUUGCUACAUCGCCAGUGGCUGCGGUCAAAGUGGGUGCCCUCUGUGGUGCAUCUGGCCUGGUCUAUGGCGGGUUUUCUGGGGUGAUCCGAUCACCCAACCCCAUGAUCCAUUCGUUGUCUUGCGGAAUACAUUGGUUCGCAUGUGGUUCGGCAUACUGGUGGAUGCGAAGCAAUGUCAUUGCGCACCACUACCAGAACAAUGCGUCGCCAAGGGAGCGAGCCCAUGUCAGCGCCCUCUGCGGAGGAAUUUCCGGCGGAGUGGUGACCAGGAUGAUGGGCGGUCGGUUGAUUCCCGGCUUGGUGGUCUUUUCCUUGCUUGGCUAUGGCGGGCAAACGGCCUUUAAUUAUGUGGAUGGGUGGCAGAUGGAGAAGGCGCGAAACACUCCAAAACCAUUUCUUCAACGCAUGGCUGAGUCCAAAUGGAUUCCUUUCCGACAUCUGUCUGAUCAGGAGUAUCGGGAGAUGCUGAGCGAGAAGCUACUAAGUGUGGAAGCGGAGAUUGCUCUCCUGGAUGAGAAACUGGAGGAGUUGACAGAAAGCCGUCCCCAACCUGCGUCGAAGCAGCCGAGCGGCAAGGACUAA